UACACAUACUUAUACGAUACGUAUAUCAUUGUCCCUUCUUUUACGCUACAAAUCUUUGUGUAUUUGCAGGUUAGCGUAAGAGUAAUUGGCAAUCAUGAAAGGUUUGGUGAUUAGCCUUGCACUCCUGUUCCUUACAGGAACACAAGCCCGUUUUUUAUGGCAGAAUGAGGAACCCCAUACACCUAUUCAGCAGGCCAGAGAGGUUAUUGAGAGUUACCUAAACAAAGUAAGGGACAUUGGGAGAGAAGCUGUGAACCAAAUAGAGUCCUCAGACUUUGGAAAACAACUUGACCUUAAAAUCACAGAAAAGUUUGACACUCUAAGCAGCAAUGCUCUCAACCUGAAGAAACAGCUGAACCCCUAUGUUGAUCAAGUCAGGGAACAGGUUUCCAAGGAGUUGGAGAAAGACAUUCCCAUCAUCAAGGAGAAGAUCCGUCCCAUUCUGGAAGUUUUCCAGAAACGCUGGGUUGAGGAGGUAAAGGCUUACAGAGAGAAAGUGGCCCCAUUGAGUGCUGAGCUCCACAGACAGACCAAGGAGAAUCUGCAAGCUUUUGCCAAGAGGGUUUUGCCCCUUGCUGAAGAAGUGAGAGAUAAGCUCCGUUCUGAAGUUGACACCCUACGCACCGAUUUGGCUCCCUACAGCAAUGAGAUCAGACAAAAGGUGGUCGACAAACUCGAAGAAAUCAAAGCUAAUGCAGGUCCCCGUGCAGAGGAGUACAGAGCUCAGGUUUCCCAGUACAUUGAGAAUCUGAAGGAAAGAUUUGCACCAGUUGCCCAGAACAUCAGGGAACGCCUGUUGCCUGUUGCUGAGGAAGCCAAAACCAAGCUCGCCAAGCUUGUGGAAGUUGUGAGGGCCAAGCUUAACCAACAAGCAUACAUUGCAGACAUGAAAAUCCUGAUUUUGACAUCCACACUGCUGUUCCUCACAGGAACACAAGGACGUUUUCUGUGGCAGAAUGAGGAAUCAAAAUCCUUUGACAGUGAUGUCCUAAAGUAUGCUGAAAAUAUUUUUCGACUUUAUGUUAAUGCUGGAAAAGACUUUGUGAAAAAUUUGGAGUCAUCAGAUUUUGCCAAAGAGCUAAAAGUCAAGGAAAACCUUGACUUUUUGAGAACAGAAUUAAAUAAUGCAUGGGAUAAUGUUGAUAAAUAUGUAGAUAAAAGUUUGGAAGAGGUGAAGCAGGAGAUUAAGAAGGACUAUCCAGUGUUCGUGACAAAAGUUGUCCCUGUCCUCGAAGAAUUCAAAAACAAGUGGGAAGAGAAUGCACUGAGUAUUGCAAAAGAUUUCUUAAAAGUGGCGCUCAACCUCUUUGGUGGCAUUAAAACAGAAUUUCAAAGCUUCUUUAAAAACAUAGAACCUAUUGCAGAGAAAGGACGUGACACACUACGCUCUGAGGUUGAAGCACUACGCACCAAACUGGCUCCUUACAUAGAUGAUCUUCGCGAAGAGGUGAAAAGGAAUCGAGAAGAAUUGAAGGAUGAGUUUGGUAAAAUUGGAAAAGAACUAAGAGAGGCUAUAACGAAAGAACUGACUGAAAUAACAGAGCUUGUUAAGCCAUAUAUAGAUAAACUGAAGGAGCGGUUUGACCCAUAUGCAGAAGAACUGAAAAAGGAACUGAGUGAAAUUAUUGAAGAUAUCAGAUCAUCUUACAAAAAUGAUUCUUAAAAAACAUAAAAGAGGUGUUUGGGCCCCUUUACUGAAGAAUUGAAAAUGAACUGAAUGAAAUCACUGAAGAAAAUUAAGCUUAAAUAUCACUCGAGAUAAGGAUCCAGAAAAUUGUACCUCUCUUAUUCCACACCCCCAACUCAAUCUCUCUCUGUCUUCCCUUCCACUAAUAUUCUUGGCUAGUUUAUAAACAAAUGUGGAGGAUUAAACCUCUUAACUUAUUAUUACUUGAUCAAAUAAAAAUUUGAUAUCUGCUAAUUUAUAUUCUUUUUAUGUUUCUCCUUACUUAUUUGCCAAAGCCGUGUGCCAAAAGCUCAAAUUAUCUUUCUGAUAUUGCUUACAAAAUAAAAUGAUUUUCUAGAUU